AUGGACAGUGGAACAUCACCGAGUGGACCUGAUUCCGAAUCUUCUAGCGUAUACCCCGUCCAAAGGCACGCAGGAAAAGUCGGUUAUGGUCCCAAUUUUGCUUCAGGAGCGGGUCUCGUAGACAGGCUGACUGGUCUCGCCACCGAGAUUAAAGGAAAGGCAACACAUAAUCCUGCAAUGGUGCACCAUGGACAUGAAAUAUUCACGGGAGAAGCAAAACGAAAGAAGAUUCUAGGAAUCGACGAUCCCGACCCAGCAUUUGAUACAGGAAGAGAUUCCAAAAAGAAAUCAUCAGGUCCUACCACUUCAAACCCUCCGACUGGCACAGUUGCUUCAGGUGCAGAUCCUAAUGCCCCGAACGCUCCUUCUUCUGCAUCAGUCACAAGGAGUUCCAAAGAGCAUGUUCCUGAGGCCAUCAAUCUAGCAGGUCCAGAGCAUGUCAGUGAUAUGGGGUCAUCAGUAGAACAUUUGAAGCACUCUUAA